AACAACAACAACAACAACAACAACAACAAACAACGACUGAAGCGUCUGUAGUCCAGGAGUGCAGCGGCUGACUUGAGGGUUCGGGAACUGUAAUCACGAAAUCCAGAAGCGGACCCUGCAGCGCAAUUAAAAAGAAGAGAAGAAGAAGAUCGAGAGUCAGCCAUGCCUUUAACCCGGGGAAGGAAAGGCCUGGUCACCGCUGGGAGCAAGAUACCCCAGUUAAAUGCCAAAGCCAGUAACAGAAAGGAGGAAGGCCCCCAGGUUAAGAGGUCAACCUCUCCUCAAAUUGGUGCACCGAAGAAAAGGAUGGCAUUUGUUGACAUCACAAACGCUCGCAAGGUUCAGAUCAGCCUGCCAGGAAGAAAAAAGGAUCCAGUGAAGAAGACUGUGAAGAAAACUGAAAACGCCAAUAAAACUUUGACCUCCGUGUCAACUAAGAAGGAAGCCAAGUUGAAAAAGUCGUCCUCAUUGAAGAGUCCUGAUGAGGAGGUGAAGAGUGUGGCGGGCCAGGAAAAGGAGGUGAAUGCCCCAGUAGAAAAGCUGGUGACUUCAGCCUCCUCUGUUAGAGAGCUGCCACCACACCUUCAGAAACCAGAGAGCCCAGAAGAAUUUGACAUUGACUCCCAACACUCUGAUGACUGCUGCUUGACCUCGGAAUACGCCAAAGACAUCUUUGACUACCUCAGGCAAAGAGAGGAGAAGUUUGUCCUUGAUGACUACAUGUCCAAGCAGCCCAGCAUCAAUGUCGGGAUGAGGGCCAUCCUGGUCGACUGGCUGGUGGAAGUACAGGAGAACUUUGAGCUUAACCACGAGACCCUGUACCUGGCGGUGAAGAUAACAGACCACUACCUGUCUCUCGCUCCUGUCAUGAAAGAAAACCUUCAGCUCAUCGGCUCCUCUGCCAUGCUCAUAGCCUCCAAGUUUGAGGAGCGCAGUCCGCCAUGUCUGGACGACUUCCUGUACAUCUGUGACGAUGCGUACAAGAGGGAGGAGCUUAUCUCCAUGGAAACCACCAUACUGCAGACGCUGAGCUUUGACAUCAACAUCCCCAUCCCCUAUCGAUUCCUCAGACGCUACGCUAAGUGUGUGAGCGCGGGCAUGGACACAUUGACGCUGGCGCGCUAUGUGUGCGAGCUGAGCCUGCUGGAGAUGGACCUGGUGCCGGAGAGGGGAUCCCGCCUUGCCUCGGCCUGCCUGCUGAUAGCGUUGGCCACCAAAGACUUAGGUGGAUGGUCUCCUAUCCUGCAGUUCCACUCUGGCUACCAGGUGUCAGACCUAGCACCCCUGGUCAGGAGGCUUCACUCCAUGCUCUCAGCACCCUUUGAUGAUAAACUCAGGGCUGUCAGGAGCAAGUACACACAUAAGGUGUUCUUUGCGGUUGCCUCUCUGCCCCUGGUGGACGUUGACGUUUUGGAGAAAGUUUUGUGUCCGUGCGACACGGCCCCCUCCACCCCCCCAGAAUCUCCAGGAAAAGAUGCGUGACGCUACAUACAUUUCCCUGUAGAGAAUGCUUGUAAAUAUUUUAUUAAGUGUAAUAUUUAUAUCAAUGUUGUCCUGUCAGUGUCGUUUGGUCUCAUUGCAAAUAAAUGCUUUGUAUUUCCUUUUCGAACUGCCCUGUUAUCAGGUCGUGACUUUUUAUAUUGAUCGUUGAUUAUGUUUGUUUUAGUAGUUUGGGCUAGUUUUG